GGUGGUACUGGAGUGGAGUCGGGAUCAGUACCAUGUCCUGUUCGACUCCUACAGAGACAAUGUGGCUGGUAAAUCCUUCCAGACCAGCUUCCUGGGAACGAGCUGCUCUCCUUCCCGAUAAGUCAUGUGACGCACACUCUUUGGUUCACCAAAUAUGGAAAAAGCCGUAAGUUUGCAUGGAGGUCGGCAGUAUUUGGAGACCUUUGGAAACUCGUGGAAAGCUCGAGGACUCCCAGAAUCCAGCGCAGUCUGAGAUAGUAUUUGUGACAGGUUGAAAGUGAUCAUAUAAAUAUAGCAACAACAAGAGUAGAGUAUGUCUAAAAAUCAGCAAUCCAUCCUGGGAUUCCUCGUAAAGACCGGAAAGCACAAUGUUUCAGCACCCAAGGACCACGCAGGAGAUCGAGAACGAGAUGACAGUGGGCCCAGUGACAAAUCUGGCGAACCCAGCAACCAGGCGGCGCAAUCCACGCCAGAAGUGUGCUGCGAACCCAGCGGCAAACCCUCGUCCACACACGAAGAGAACAUCGAGCCACAACCGGGGCCAUCUAUAGCUAGAAUUUCGGCAUCCGAGUCGUGGACUCCAGAAUUCUCGGAUGAGUCGUCUGUUGAUUCACCCGGAGGCGAUGACGACGUGACCAACCCCAAGAAGCCAAAACUGUCGGAAAAAGGACAGAAGACCAAAAAAGUAUACACUUUCCAGUACUCAUGGGUUCACGGGGAAAAGAAAAGACCAUGGCUGAAACAUGACAAGUCCAAACUUAUGUGGUGUGAAGCAUGCAGGCGCUUUGACAAAAGUGGAAAGAAGAACUCUUAUCAGAGGGACUACAAGUAUGAGAUUAUCAAAUAUUGAGUUCCACGAGAAAUCACCUUGCCACGAAAGUGCCUGGAACAAGAUGGUCGCAUCAAAACAACCAGUUCAGGCUGUGUUUGCCCAUGCCUAUUGAUGUGGUGUACACAUGGGUGAACGGUACUGAUGCAGAUCUACUGAAGGACCUCCACACGGUGAAACAACAGCUAGAAGAGGAGCACAGAAAGCUAAGAGAGAAGCUGGGGCAGAACGCGAGCGACACGACUGAGGCGCCCAAAGGAAGGCCCGAGUGCCUGCUGUCGCACUGCAUUGUGGGUCCGGCUCUAGUGUUGGACCCGGCGUUGUCCCCUAACAUCUCCGUGAAGGAGCUGUCGUCUAAAUCGGGUGCUCUGUCCUCCACCAAGCAGCUCCUGCAGGCCGCUAAACCUCUCCAGCCGUCCAGCAGUGUGUCUGUGCUUCUCUUCCACUCCCAGAGUGAAGCUGAUAAAGCUCACUCGGACACCCCGAAGGACUUUCCGAAACACUCCGUCUCCAGAGCCUAUCUGACGACAGAUAAAGAGGCUCCGGGUGUGGUGAGGAUUCAGACGUUGGCGUAUCUGAGUGGGUUCCCGUCUUCCUUCAAAGACACCGAGCAGCUGAGGGUCAAACUGCCGUCUGUGCUGACAAGCAAAAUCAAGCAGUUUCAGUUAUACUCCGAGGCCAGCAUCGCUCUCCUGCACCUGAACACAGCUCAGGACUUCACAGACCUCCAGCAACAGGCCAAGAAGAACCUGACCGUGGACGGCAAAGAGCUCACCGUCAGUCCUGCCUACCUGUUCUGGGACCUCAGUGCUGUCUCACAGUCAAAGCAGGAUGAGGAUGUGUCAGCCAGCCGCUUUGAGGACAACGAGGAGCUACGCUAUUCACUACGCUCGGUGGAAAGACACGCCCCUUGGGUUCGACAUGUCUUUAUUGUGACCAAUGGGCAGAUCCCCUCCUGGCUAAACCUGGACAAUCCUCGCGUUACUGUGGUUACCCAUGAGGAGAUUUUCCAAAACCAGUCACAUCUGCCAACGUUUAGCUCUCCAGCCAUCGAAACACACAUCCAUCGAAUUCCAGGCCUCUCACAGAAGUUUAUCUACCUCAAUGAUGACGUGCUUUUUGGCAAGGAUGUAUGGCCGGAUGAUUUCUACAGUCAUUCAAAAGGCCAGAAGGUAUACCUCACCUGGCCUGUUCCUAACUGCGCUGAGGGGUGCCCAGGCUCCUGGAUCAAAGACGGCUAUUGCGACAAGGCCUGCAAUAAUUCUGCCUGUGACUGGGAUGGUGGAGAUUGUCUCGGUGGAGCAGGCAGUAAUCGUUUUGGAGGUGGGGUCCCUGGGGGAGCAGUGGGAGGAGCUGGACAGGCAUGGCAGUUUGGAGGUGGUUUAGGAGGCCUGGGGGGGGUGUCUUUCUGCAACCAGGGCUGUGCCAACUCUUGGUUGGCUGAUAAGUUCUGUGACCAUGCGUGCAACGUGUUGGCAUGUGGUUUUGACGUAGGAGACUGUGGACCAGACCACUUCAGUAAGCUGCAUCGCGUUGUUCUGCAGAGGAACCAGACGCUGUACACACUGCCUCAAGGCGAACUGCGUCCAUACUUCAGCUUUUUAUCUCUGGCCAAUCGCGUUUCUGAGGCACAGGUCAGCGACAACCCUGUGGUUCGCCACACAUCUGUCACCAACAAGUGGAAAACAAUGCACCUGCUCCUGUUAGAGGGCUACAACGCCACCCAAAUCCACUACAACCUCACCUUCCAGGGUGAUCAAGAAUUCACCAUGAGCUUUACUGUAGUGGUGGACACUCGCAAGCUUCCUAAACGUAACGCAUCAGAAACGGUGCAGGAGGUUAAAAAUGACAACCCUGAGCCCACCAGAGCAAACCUCGAACUGGAGUUUGUGUUCUCAGACAUUCCAGUUGAGAAACGAGGGCCCCAAGUACAAAAAAGGCCCCCAGGAGGGUUAGAGGUGGUCAUGAAGGUGCCUUCAGUGAACAUUUCGGUUUUGCCAGAGGAAGUGAAGCACGAAUUGCAGAAGCUGGAUGAGAAGAUUCGACUCGGAGACAUCACUGAGAAAGGAUACAAUUUGACCAAAGCCAAAUUACUGAAGGCUUUCCAGAGAGAUCAGGCUUCUGAGCUUCAGGGAAACAAUAGAGAAGUUAACGAGCAGGAAGCAGCAGUGGAAUCGGACGCCAAUCCAAAUCAGAAGAGCAAAAAUAAACAAGAAGCCGGAGGUUCUCCGGUUCCAGUUAAGAUGGACAAUGUGUCUGUCAAAGAGCAGUCUCGAGGCAUGGGCACGGAGAAAAUUCCUACCUCCAGACUGCUCAGUUCACUCGUAGGGAACAAGGCCAAGCAGCAGAUUCUCCGCAGGGAUGGGGAAGAAGAAGAAUUCGCACAACAUAUGGGCCGUAAGCUCCAACAUUACCCAGGGAUUGAAUGGAGUUUCCUGCCAUGGGAAAAGAGCAAAUAUUUUGAGGACCUUCUCAAGGAAGGGGAGCGGCUGAAGCAAGAGCUGCAGUAUAAAACCGACAGCAUGGCAACCAGACGGAGAUUGCAGGACACAUUUGCUGAUUCUCUCCGCCACGUUAACAAGCUUCUGAAUGGCAGAUUUGGCUUCACAUCACGCAAAGUGCCUGCACACAUGCCACACAUGAUCGACCGCCUCGUAAUGCAGGAGCUACAGGACACCUUCCCAGAAGAGUUCGAUAAGACUUCCGCCCAUCGUGUGCGCCACUCCGAGGACAUGCAGUUUGCCUUCUCAUAUUUCUAUUUUCUGAUGAGUGCUCUGCAGCAGCUCAACGUGUCACAGGUCUUCGACGAGAUCGACACGGAUCACUCGGGGGUGCUGUCUGACCGAGAAAUCCGCACGCUUGCAACUCGGAUCCAUGAGCUCCCGCUCAGCCUGCAGGACCUAACCGGUUUGGAGCAGAUGCUGAUAAACUGCUCAAAGAGUCUGCCGAGUAAUCAGACCCAGCUCCACACAGUUAACCCCACCCAGGAGGCCUACUACGACCCCAGCAUGCCUCCAGUUACUAAAGGGCUAGUGAUCCACUGCAAGCCCAUCGCAGAGAAGAUUCAGAAAGCCUUCAAGGACCAAAACAAAUACAAGUUUGAGAUCAUGGGCGAGGAAGAGAUUGCUUUUAAAAUGGUACGAACCAAUGUGUCACAUGUAGUAGGCCAACUGGAUGACAUCAGGAAAAACCCAAGGAAGUUCAUCUGCUUGAAUGACAACAUAGACCACAGCCAUAAGGACGCCAUGACGGUGAAAGCCGUGCUGAGGGAUUUCUACGAGUCCAUGUUCCCACUGCCCUCGCAGUUUGAGUUGCCACGCGAGUACCGCAAUCGCUUCCUCCACAUGGCAGAGCUGCAGGAGUGGCGAGUAUAUCGGAACAAGUUGAAGUUCUGGACUCACUGCGUACUCGUCACGCUGGUCAUUUUCACAGUCCUGUCCUUCUUUGCAGAACAGCUGAUCGUGCUGAAGCGGUGGCUCUUCCCCAGGCGCAGGCUCAGCAAGGAGACCGAACGUGUGUGACGCCGAGAGAACACAGCCAGAGAAGCUAACACACUCCUCCUUGUUCGCUUUGCUUUCUGUGAGAGAGUGAAGUCCUGUAGGGUUGUGAACUAAGACUGUGCAGCCUCCCUCGUUUCUUUCCCCAGUGGAGGAAGAGCAGAAAAAGAAACCUCUUGCCAAAGUUUGAGAAACUGAAUGACGGAUUAGGACAACUGCAUGCUUCCUCUAUGUGAAGGUGUGGAGAUGAACUCAAACACUCCGUUUUGUGCGAUUACUGUUCUGAACUCAGUGGAAGACUGUGGACAUUUUUAAUGUCACGCUGCUUUUUGUUUGUUUGUAUCAUCAAUUGGGUCAAACAGGAAUUUAAAUUAUAAUCGGGGUUUAGUUUUUUUUUUUUUUUUAAACUGAAGCUGUCCUGCUCCGUCUCUUCAUCCUGCACACCAGUGCCUUUUAUCUUCGCUUCUUCUACUGUAACUGAGAAGCGAAAUGUGAGGGAUUGUUUCCAAUCUUUGUGGCAUCGUCACUUUUUUUUUUUUCCCCUCCUCUCUCUCUGUUUUUAAAAAUUUGCUUUCUUUCUGAUGUGUUAACGAGGGCUCGAGUUCAUUACGGUGUCAUCGUGCUGUAGUCUUCUGCAUUCCUCUUUGACCCUCUGUUUUUUCCCCCGGAGUUCUGAGGCACGUUCACACAGCCGUCUGAUCUUUACCUUGAUGUCCAAUAACGUCUACUGUUUUCCAGCCUGAUUUUAAACUGCGGAGUGUGUGUAGUGUUUCCUGAUGUCUGAUGGGACAAAUGACAUGCUAAUAAUCACAUACAGAAUCUGUAGGAAAUCAUUAAAACUCACUGAGCGUAUUAAGACUUGACUUGAACUUAAAACGGUCCUCUUAUUAGCCAUGCAAAUAAAUACUUUUUAGUUUUUAAUUAAAAAUUUUUUUUUUUUUUAGAUAAGUUGAAAUGUUAGUAAAAACUGAAAAGUGUAAAAUGGCUGGCAAGUGAAAUGAAGUUUUGUAUGGUUUUUUUUCCUCUCCAUUUGUUUAAUUUAAAUGUGAUUUUUGAUUGAUUUUUGGUUAUUAAAUUUCCUUGUGUUCAGUAAUAAAAUUUAAUGUAUUUAAAAA